GCCCAUCUCAUCUGCCGCUGACUGCCCCGCUUUCCAAAAACACUCGGCAGCCAGGCGAAAGCUGCCGGCCACCUGAUCGGUUAAGAGGGACAUGCCAUCCGAGGCUGUACCUACCUAGCAGAUUUCCUAGAUGUUGUAUCUACCUAGGUACCCGCCCAAGAAUGGAUAUGUGGUAGAUAUGACGAGACCUAGGCAGGUGAGGGGUUUGCUUUCGGUGGGGCUCCUUCCAAUCCGCAAGACCGUCUGGUCUCUCGACACCCCCACCAGGGAAACUUUGGGAGACGGGAGGCAACCUUAAAGCUAGGGGAACUCGCUCUUUCAGGGAAAACAACAGAAGAGUCCAAGUGCGUGCCAUUCGCAAAGUUGGUUCGGGGGCAGGCAUCUCGGAUCUCCUCAACUCGGCUCGACCACACAGACAAACAGACAGAAGAAGAUAGACAGACAGACGGCAGCCUACUAGCGGCACCUCUCACUAGCUUUGCUUCAAACUGCACGGUAACCUUUGUAUACCGGCAAGAUGGCCUCCACGGCAGGAAAGACCAUCACCUGCAAGGCGGCCGUGGCCUGGGAGGCUGGCAAGGAGCUGAGCCUCGAGGACGUCGAGGUGGCGCCGCCCAAGGCGCACGAGGUGCGCAUCGAGAUCUACCACACGGGCGUCUGCCACACCGACGCCUACACGCUGUCGGGCAAGGACCCCGAGGGCGCCUUCCCCAUCAUCCUGGGGCACGAGGGCGCUGGCAUCGUCGAGUCUGUCGGCGAGGGCGUCACUAACGUCAAGCCGGGCGACCACGUCGUCGCUCUAUACACUCCCGAAUGUAAAGAGUGCAAGUUCUGCAAGUCAGGCAAGACCAACCUCUGCGGCAAGAUCCGGGCCACGCAGGGCAAGGGCCUGAUGCCCGACGGCACGUCGCGGUUCCGGUGCAAGGGCAAGGACAUACUGCACUUCAUGGGCACGUCCACCUUCUCGCAGUUCACCGUCGUGGCCGACAUCUCGGUCGUGGCCGUGCAGCCCGAGGCGCCCAUGGACCGGACCUGCCUGCUGGGCUGCGGCAUCACGACGGGCUACGGCGCGGCGCGCGUGACGGCGGGCGUCGAGGCCGGGUCACAGAUCGCCGUCUUCGGUGCCGGCUGUGUCGGCCUCUCGGUCGUGCAGGGCGCCGUGGCCAACAAGGCCGGCAAGAUCAUCGUCGUCGACGUCAACCCGGCCAAGGAGGAGUGGUCGCGCAAGUUCGGCGCCACCGACUUUGUCAACCCGACCGCCCUGCCCGAGGGCAAGACGGUGGUGGACGCGCUCGUCGAGCUGACCGACGGCGGCUGCGACUACACCUUUGACUGCACCGGCAACGUCGGCGUCAUGCGCGCCGCGCUCGAGGCCUGCCACAAGGGCUGGGGCACCAGCAUCAUCAUCGGCGUCGCCGCCGCGGGCCAGGAGAUCGCCACGCGGCCGUUCCAGCUCGUCACGGGCCGCGUCUGGAAGGGCUGCGCCUUUGGCGGCAUCAAGGGCCGCUCCCAGCUGCCCGGCCUGGUCGACGACUACCUGCAGGGCCGCCUCAAGGUGGACGAGUUCAUCACGCACCGCAAGAAGCUGGCCGAGAUCAACAGCGCCUUUGACGUCAUGAAGCAGGGCGACUGCAUCCGCGCCGUCGUCGACAUGCGCGCCUCCUAGGUUGAGCGGUGGGUGACGCGCGCACCGCACAUCACUCACGCCGGACCAAGGUUGACGCUGACUUCUCCUUUUUUUUUUGUCUCGGAUCGUCUUGGGUAUGGUGGUCCGAUCGGUCGGCGCUUUCGCACAGAAGGGAGGAAGAGACCCGAAGAGACUCGUACGAUGAAAGCAAGCGAACAGGAAGACGAAAGAAAAGGGGGUCAGCUAAAUCUGGGUAGGCGAAAUUGGAGUGCAUGUCCGGUGGGUGAAGUUUGGUGGUAGCCCUGGCCCGUCGGUCGGUGUGUAUUUGAAUCAACAAGUCUACCCCUACCUAUGCCUGGCCAAAGAGGUGUCGGUCACAGGGACCUAGCGGUGACGAUUUUAUGCAUGUGCAUGGCAUGGGGAUCCAUUGGCAGCCAGCCAGGUCGCCAGGUUGCUCCCCGCAGUCCGUCCAUGUCAGUCAGUCCAGUCACCGGAGGGUCGAUUUGAUUUGGACGAGGUGGGCGGCCAGCUCCAGAACCAAGGCCAGAGCAAAAUGAUUGGCAGGAAUUGCGACUUCCGCUCUGCGGCUAGGCAUGAGCUGUCUAAGAGAAUCAAGAAGCAAAAGGAGUAAUAUUGCUGACGCUUUUUUUGUGGCAAAAAACGGGAGGAUAAAACAUUUGGAAGAAGCGGAAUGGUAUAUGAUAGGUGGACAUGCCCCAAGCGGGUGUGUGCUCUCUACAGCUCGACAAAGUGCAUACCGUGGGCAUACCGUGGUUUCCCCAGCCGAAAAUAACAAGGGACAGAUGCCCCGCCUGUUUAUCAGAGACGCCAGGUCAUGCCAUGUGCUGCCCAUCUUCUCCGCCUCGCAAUGCAAGAAGCGCCCUGACGUCGGAAACAUAUUGCAGGCCCUCGAAGAGAGGGACGAGGUGCAGGAGGUCGUUGUCCGUCGGGUCGUUGAUCCAGCCUUGUAUUGGGAUGGCGUUAUCUGUUGGGCAGCAACACGUCAGUAAGCCAUCGCGGGCCAUGGGUACCAAGGGGGUGUGUGGUGCGGGUGGACGACGGACGACGCAGGUCAGCUUACCCUGAUGGAACAUGUAGCUCAGCGGGCUGUUGUCUAGGAUCAUGACCUUGCUCAGGUCCGGCUCGACCGAGCUCAGGUCCUUGAUGAAGGCGCCGUGCCUGAAGGUGCAGUGCUGUCGGUAGUACCUCGCCGAGAAGAACUUCCUCUCCGACUCCAGCCAGUCGAUGACGGGAUCUGCGUACUCUUGCACUGAAGCCGUGAAGACCACCAGGUUGUACCAUUUGCAUACCUAAACAUCGAGUUAAUACACCCAC